AUGGCGACUUUCAAACCUCUUGUUCCACCUCACAUCCUCCCACAAGAUGACCAGAAUCCCAAAGGUGCAACAACAAUUCCCAGUAAAAGCCCAUCAUUAUCAGUCGUGAUUCGGGAUACCUUGACACUCUCCAGCUGGCUGCUGAUAGGUGGCUUACUCCAGGGGCUGUGUUUGAUGGCCCUCGGCCCUAUCGCAAUCCUACCAACAGUUCUGACCCUACUAUAUCGACUUGUGGACCACGUCUUGAUGUCUUUCCGCAUCACCCGGAACCGCUACAUGGAAGGCACGAUACCUACCAAAUAUAGCCCGCAGAUCCCUUACCCAGAUGGCAGCUUCGGCAAUGAACCGUCCCGCGAGCAGAUCGUGGUCUUCCAUCUCGGCGCCCGAAGCAAUCAUCCACUCGGAAUUUUUGCGCCCGGCAUGAAAGGCCUCCGCGACAGCUCGCUGGAAAUGCUGAAAGAUAUGCAGGCUGAUCCAGAAAAAUCUGGACUUUUGGGUUCUACUCGUUGGAUGAAACAGGAGGACGCAGCAGGCAAUGAGAUGAAAACAGUCUUCUACCUCCGCGACUAUGACUCUCUUCAUCGCUUUGCGUAUGGCGAGCUGCACAUGAACGGCGUGCGGUAUUGGAAUAAAAUUACUAAGAGUAACCCUCACUUGGCUAUCUACCAUGAGACUUAUGUUGUUCCCCGUGGGAACUGGGAGGCUAUAUAUAUCAAUUGUAAGCCAACGGGUCUAGGUGAUACAUGGUUCAAGUUCUGCGACAAAGAGGAUAAGAACAGUGUUACUCAUGGGUUCAUGCGGCCGAUUGUGGAUGCUAGUACUGGUAUUUUACGGUCAAAGACUGGUCGUUUAUCAAUGUCGCAGAUCCAAAAGGUAGAGGAGUAUGACGAGGUUUAUGGAGAGUCUGGGAGGGUUUGA